CGUUCCUCCUCGGCUCCUCCUUCUUCAUAAACAUCUUCGUGGCCUUCCCUCCGACCGUGUUCUCCUCUGUUGGCGAGUGCCUGUUUUCACCUCGGUGACUUCCCCCCGCGCCGCAGCAAUGGCGGCCAUGGAGGAGCUGGAGAUCCACAGCAAGUCCUACUUUGUCCGCUGGGUGUCAGUCAAGUCCGCCCACACCAUCUCGUGGAGCAUCCAACCCCACAAGAAAUCCAUCAACUUCGGCAUCUUCAAGCAUCCCGGCCAUUCCGCCGUGCUGGGCUCCAACACCAACCUGUCGGCCACCGAUGCCCCCAACUCCGAAUCCACCGAGAAUCUGCCCUCCACCGCUGGCACCGCCGCCGCCCUGCGUCCCAAUGCCUCCGUCAUCGACAAGCUGACGGGCAUUGGCCUCAAGCAGAUCCAAUGGCUCGGCAAAUGCGAGGCCGAGCGCAUCUUCCGUGGCACCUACGACGUGCCGACCAAUGAAGGCGGGAACUACGCCCUGGUCUUUGACAAUACCUUCUCCAAGCAGAUCUCCAAGACCGUCACCCUCGCCCUGCUCACCUAUCCGACCGCUCUCCCGCCGCAGUCGGUCCCCGUCCCCCAUGCCUCCAGCCAGCCCGUCCAGAGAUCCGAUACCGCAGACUCCGGGAAACCCCUGGCCGCUCGCCGUCGGGGCAACAGCAUGGCCCAACCGCCUCCCCUGGUCAGCGACCCAGACUCGGGCAGAACUUAUACCGGCCUGCUGCAAAAGCGCCGGAGAAAGCGCCAUCAGGGCUGGGCCCGCCGCUUCUUCUCCCUGGACUACACCUCGUCGACUCUGUCCUACUACCACGACCGGAAUUCCUCCGCCCUCCGCGGGUCCAUCCCUUUGUCCCUGGCUGCGGUUGCCUGCAACGAGAAGUCGCGGGAGAUCUCCAUUGAUUCCGGCACCGAAGUGUGGCACCUCCGCGCCUACAAUGAUCAGGAAUUCGCCGCCUGGAAGCGGGCUCUGGAGCGGGCCGCCUCCGCAUCGCCCUCCAAGACUCCCGCCGACGACACUCUGCAGCCCGAGCCUCUGUUGCGGGUGCCCUCCCAGCGCGUCGUCACGAAUUCGGUCGAGGAGCGGGAAUGGGAGCACGUCCAGAGCCUCGUGAGCAAAGUGUCCGGGUCGCGCGACGCCGUCCGACGCCUGGCCAAGGACACCGACCCCAAGUACAUAGGCGGCAAUGCCUCGGAGAAGCCGCGCGGUCGCUCCCCCAGCCCGCAACGCACGCCGACAGACCUGAACGGGGAUGAGUCCGGCGACGCCAAGCGCCCGUUCUGGAAGCGCAAGAACAGUACCGCCACCCAACCCGGGGUUAAGCGGUCCACCACCAUGGCCUCCAUGUCCUCGCAGCUGGCAGUGCCCGGGGCCUUCGAUACGGCGUCCCUCGCGGGCGAUCGCAAGCCCAGCAGUGUCUCCAGCCACCCGGAUCAGAUGGAGGAGAUCCACGAACAUCUUAUGGCCGUGCUGCGCGACUUGGACCAAGUCGUCAGCGAGUUUUCCACCCUGAUUUCCGAGAGCAAGCAGCGACGACACCCCCCAGGUACCACUGUGCAAUCGCGCCGCAGCUUCGAGUCCGAUGUCUCCCAGGAAUUCUUCGACGCUGACGACGGUAACCUUCUCACGAUCAAGGGCGACAGCGACGACGAAGUGGCCGACAACGCCUCCGAUAACACCGCCUGGGAGCCGAAAACCAAGGAACCGGUAGCGGACGACGCACCCUCCGAUAGUGAGGAUGAAGCCGACGAGGCUUUGGCCGGCGGCGCGCAUGAUCAAUUCUCGCCGCUAUUCCCGGCGCGACCCAAAACGCUCACGCCGCUACCACUCAGCACCGUGGCGCGCCGCACCAACAUCACUGCUCCGACAGUCAUGCCGCCGAGUCUAAUCGGCUUCCUCCGCAAGAAUGUCGGCAAGGAUUUGUCGCAGAUCUCCAUGCCCGUCUCUUCCAACGAACCCCUGUCCCUGCUCCAGCGCGCCGCCGAGGUCAUGGAGUAUUCCACCCUCCUCGACCGCGCCGCCAGCUCCUCCGACCCCCUUGAACGCCUCAUGUACGUAACCGCCUUCGCUUUGUCCCCAAUCUCUAGCAACCGGGUCCGCGAGCGCGCCAUCCGGAAGCCUUUCAACCCCAUGCUCGGCGAGACCUAUGAACUCGUCCGCGAAGACCUCGGUUUCCGCUUCCUCGCGGAGAAGGUCUCACAUCGCCCCGUUCAGCUCGCCUACCAAGCCGACAGCAAAGACUGGAGUCUCACGCAAUCACCAAUGCCAACCCAGAAAUUCUGGGGCAAGUCCGCCGAAAUCAUCACCGAGGGCAAGAUGCGCCUGACCCUACAUACAACCGGCGAGCACUUCAGCUGGGCCCAGGCCACCUCGUUCCUCCGCAACAUCAUCGCCGGCGAGAAGUACGUCGAGCCCGUUGGCGAGAUGUCUGUCACCAACGAAACCACCGGCCACCGCAGCAUCUCCACCUUCAAAGCCGGCGGCAUGUUUUCCGGCCGCAGCGAGGAUGUCAACACCAAGGCCGUCGACAGCUCCGGUCGCGACCUCCCCCUGGGCCUUAUCGGCACCUGGACUUCCUCCCUCGACCUCACCAAGAACGGGUCCCCCACUUGCACCAUCUGGUCUACCGGACCGCUUGUCCCCAACGCCCCCAAGCACUAUGGCCUCACCUCCUUCGCGGCGACCCUCAACGAGGUCACCCCCAUCGAGGACGGCAAGCUCCCCGCCACUGAUUCCCGCCUCCGUCCGGAUCAACGCGCUCUCGAAGACGGCGACGUCGACCAGGCCGAGGCCGUCAAAGUCCAACUGGAGGAGGGCCAGCGCGCGCGUCGUCGCGACAUGGAAGCCUCCGGCGAAUCUUGGACCCCCCGCUGGUUCACCCAAGUGGACGAGGACCAAGCCACCGGUGAGACCGUAUGGCGGCUGAAAUCCGGGAAAGAGGGAUACUGGGAUGAAAGGACUCGGGGGUCCUGGCCGGGUGUCGUGCCGGUAUUCAAGCCAUGAAUCAUCAUUACCAUGUGGCAUCAUUAUAAAACACCUGGGACUGGUUGGGAUGUGAAUAGAGGUGUAUAUGUAUGUUGGUAAGGAGGUCAAGUAAUUAGGUUCCUUUUUUCGCUCUCUCUCUCUGGG